GUCCCCCACAUGGCCAUGACUUUCGGUAAGUGACAGCGGCUCAGGAAGCCGAGGGGCCCACACAGGAAGGAGCGAGUGGGACUUUCCUCCUCUUGUUGCUGCCCCACGGUGGCGGCUCUGCCCGCCUGUGGCUGCCCCAGGGUCACCCACCUCCAGCCAGGCUGCACUCAUGGCACCUCCAAGUGAAGAGACACCCUUGAUCCCUCAGCGCUCCUGCAGCCUCUCCUCUUCAGAGGCUGGUGCCCUGCAUGUUCUGCUGCCCCCUCGGGGCCCUGGACCCCCACAGCGCCUAUCCUUCUCCUUUGGGGACCACUCCGCUGAAGAGCUGUGUGUUUGGGCUGCUAAGGCCAGUGGUAUCCUGCCUGUGUACCACUCCCUCUUUGCUCUGGCCACGGAGGACCUGUCCUGUUGGUUCCCCCCAAGCCACAUCUUCUCCGUGGAGGAUGCAGGCACCCAAGUCCUCGUCUACAGGCUCCGCUUUUACUUCCCCAACUGGUUUGGGCUAGAGAAAUGCCACCGCUUUGGGCUACGAAAGGACUUAACCAGUGCCAUUCUUGACCUGCCAGUCCUGGAGCAUCUCUUUGCUCAGCAUCGCAACGACUUGGUGAGUGGCCGCCUCCCAGUGGGCCUCGGCCUCAAGGAGCAGGGUGAGUGUCUCAGCUUGGCCGUCCUGGACCUGGCCCGGAUGGCCCUCGAGAAGGCUCAGCGGCCUGAAGAGCUGCUGAAGAUUGUCAGCUACAAGGUCUGCCUGCCCCCUGCUCUACGUGACCUGAUCCAAGGCCUGAGUUUCGUGACGCGGAGGCGUAUUCGAAGGACAGUGCGUCGGGCCCUGCGUCGCGUGGCCGCCUGCCAGGCUGACCGACACUCGCUCAUGGCCAAGUACAUUAUGGACCUCGAGCGUCUGGACCCAGCCAGGGCAGCCGAGACCUUCCGCGUGGGCCUUCCCGCGGCUGCUGGUGGUCAGGAUGCGCCAGGGCUGCUCCGUGUGGCUGGUGGCAGCGGCAUCUCCUGGAGCCCAGGAGAAGAGGUUCUUCAGCCCUUCUGCGACUUUCCAGAAAUCGUGGAUAUCAGCAUCAAGCAGGCCCCGCGCGUUGGCCCCGCCGGGGAGCAUCGCCUGGUCACAGUCACCAGGACAGACAACCAGAUCCUGGAGGCUGAGUUCCCCGGGCUGCCUGCCGCGCUGUCCUUCGUGGCGCUGGUGGAUGGCUACUUCCGGCUGACCACCGACUCGCAGCACUUCUUCUGCAAGGAGGUGGCGCCGCCGCGGCUUCUGGAAGAGGUGGCUGAGCAGUGCCAUGGCCCCAUCACCCUGGAUUUUGCCAUCAACAAACUCAAGACUGGGGGCUCACUUCCUGGCUCCUACGUUCUCCGUCGCAGCCCUCAGGAUUUCGACAGUUACCUCCUAACUGUCUGUGUCCAGACCCCUCUGGGCCCUGAUUACAAGGGCUGCCUCAUCCGGUGUGACCCUACGGGAACCUUCUCCCUGGUUGGCCUUAGCCGUCCCCACAACAGUCUUCGAGCGCUCCUGGCAGCCUGUUGGGAUGGUGGGUUGCACGUGGAUGGGGUUGAGCUGAAUCUCACUUUCUGCUGCACCCCCAGACCCAAAGAAAAGUCCAAUCUGAUAGUGAUCCGGAGGGGUUGCAGUCUGCCCACCUCAUCCCCUGUUCAGCCCCAGUCCCAAUGCCAGCUGAGCCAGAUGACAUUUCACAAGAUCCCUGCCGACAGCCUAGAGUGGCAUGAGAACUUGGGUCAUGGAUCCUUCACCAAGAUUUACCGGGGCUGUCGCCACGAGGCUGUGGAUGGGGAGGCCCGGGAGACAGAAGUCCUGCUCAAAGUGAUGGAUGCCAAGCACAAGAACUGCAUGGAGUCAUUCCUGGAAGCAGCGAGCUUGAUGAGCCAAGUAUCAUACCAGCAUCUCGUGUUGCUCCAUGGCGUAUGCAUGGCUGGAGACAGCAUCAUGGUGCAGGAAUUCGUACACCUGGGAGCAUUGGACACGUAUCUGCGCAAGUGUGGCCACCUGGUGCCAGCAAGCUGGAAGCUACAGGUGAUCAAACAGCUGGCCUAUGCCCUCAACUAUCUGGAAGACAAAGGUCUCCCCCAUGGCAACGUCUCAGCCCGGAAGGUGCUCCUGGCUCGAGAGGGGGCCGAUGGGAACCCGCCUUUUAUCAAGCUGAGUGAUCCUGGUGUCAGCCCCACUGUACUAAGCCUGGAGAUGCUUACCGACAGGAUCCCCUGGGUGGCCCCUGAGUGUCUCCAGGAGGCCCGAACACUUGGCUUGGAAGCUGACAAGUGGGGCUUUGGUGCCACAGUCUGGGAGGUGUUCAGCGGUGUCAUGAUGCCCAUCAGCACUCUGGAUCCUGCCAAGAAGCUACAGUUUUACCAGGAACGGCAACAGCUCCCUGCCCCCAAGUGGAUGGAGCUGGCCCUGCUGAUCCAGCAGUGCAUGGCCUACGAGCCAGGCCAGAGGCCUUCCUUCCGUGCUGUCAUCCGUGACCUGAACAGCCUCAUCACUUCAGAUUAUGAACUCCUCUCAGACCCCACGCCUGGUGCCCUAGCACCCCGUGACGGGCUUUGGAAUGGCGCCCAGCUCUAUGCCUGCCAGGACCCUACCAUCUUUGAGGAGAGACACCUCAAGUACAUCUCACAGCUGGGCAAGGGCAACUUUGGCAGCGUGGAACUCUGCCGCUACGACCCACUGGGCGACAACACAGGUGCUCUGGUGGCCGUGAAGCAGCUGCAGCACAGUGGCCCAGAACAGCAGAGGGACUUCCAGCGGGAGAUCCAGAUCCUUAAAGCCCUCCACAGCGACUUCAUUGUCAAGUACCGGGGUGUCAGCUAUGGCCCAGGCCGCCAGAGUCUGCGGCUGGUCAUGGAAUAUCUGCCAAGCGGCUGCCUGCGGGACUUCCUGCAGAGGCACCGCGCGCGCCUAGAUGCUGGCCGCCUGCUCCUCUACGCCUCGCAAAUCUGCAAGGGCAUGGAGUACCUGGGCUCCCGCCGCUGCGUGCACCGCGACCUGGCAGCCCGUAACAUCCUGGUGGAGAGCGAAACGCACGUCAAGAUCGCCGACUUCGGCCUCGCGAAGCUGCUGCCGCUAGACAAAGACUACUAUGUGGUCCGCGAGCCCGGCCAGAGCCCCAUCUUCUGGUAUGCCCCGGAGUCCCUCUCAGACAAUAUCUUCUCGCGCCAGUCGGAUGUCUGGAGCUUCGGGGUCGUGCUGUAUGAGCUCUUCACCUACAGCGACAAGAGCUGUAGCCCCUCAGCCGAGUUCCUGCGGAUGAUGGGAUGUGAGCGAGAUGUCCCAGCCCUCUGUCGUCUCCUGGAGCUGCUGGCCGAAGGCCAGAGGCUGCCCGCACCUCCUGCCUGUCCUAGUGAGGUUCAUGAGCUCAUGAAGCUGUGCUGGGCCCCUAGCCCUCAAGAUCGGCCAUCAUUCAGCACCCUGGGCCCUCAGCUGGAUGCACUGUGGAGUGGAGGCCGGGGAUAGUGUCCAGAGCAUGGAACUCUCAGCUUCCCUGCUUGUCCUAUUCACUGUCAUUUUUAUAUCUCCUACACACACACACCUCUGGGUUCUGGUCUCCAUGGACUGGCUAUGUGCCCUUGAGCAGGGAGCCACCUUCUCUGGGCUUUCUGCUUCACAGAGAUCCCCUCAUGGGGCAAGUGACAUUGCACUUGGAGGGCAACCCUUGCUUGUAGAGCAACAGCGGCGUGGCCUUUGGAACCCAUAAAGAUUCAAGACAGAUACAAUACUAGGGUCUACUGAGCCUCGCGCCCCAGAUUCUAGGGACCAAACUUAAGCCACGCCCCUCUUCUCAUUCUCUUAGGUGUUUGGCCCUGAGCUUCCUGUCUCAUUUCCUGAGCAGACAUUGCAUAACUUUAAAUGUAUGAUCAGGCUUCUCUCUUCCCCUCACUCGUUAGCUGGAGGAAGCCAAGGACAAGAACACCUGCUCUGGCUGAAAAUUCACUUUUAGGGGGAGCCCUGUGACUGUGUGGGAUCGUGUAAGAGCCCAGGACAGGCUGAGGUUCCAGUCCACCCUAACUGACCCCGAGUAUCCCAGGGCUUCAGUUUUCCUGCCUGCACACUGCAGCCCUUUCUAUACAGACCAGAGGAUUAUGCAGUUAACAAUCGAGCCCAACAGGAGCUUGUCAGCUGUUGAAGGAAGGAAAGGCAUUCUUGGCAGAGGGAAGAGCAUGGCAAGAGGGAGGAGGCUCCCUGAGUACAGAGGUUAAGAGCGCAGGUUACUGGAGCUCAUGGUGUUGUCACUUAUUUGCUGUGUGAUGAUGAGUGAGUUGCUUCCUCUCUUUGGGCCUUAGUUUCAUCCUCUGUGUAACGGGCAAUAGUGUUGGCCCUUUGGCUGUACAGAGUCAACUUCUGGGGGCUUGUGAAAAGGCAUCUUGUGCAGGUUAGGCCUCCCACCACAACUUCACACCUGCCUACAAGGCUUUUCUGCCAAUUUUGCCUCUCUGGAAAACUCUUAUUCAUCUCUCAAAACCCCAGCUAUUACCUCCUUGCAGCUUUACCUAGGGUUCUCCCACUACUCUCAGCCAGUCCUGUACUUCCGACCCUAGGGCAGGGGUGGUGUCUGUGUCUGGUUCUGUCUCCACUGACCUGGAGGCUCCUUGGGGGCUGGGCUGGGGUGGGCACAGAGAGGACUCUGGGAGCAAUUGCUGAAUGAAUAAAGAAGUUUAGUGGAAAGGA